UUGUGCUGUUUGGCAAAAGAACCGCCGAUACUUGUCCGCGUCAUUUUCCUGAUCAGUAUAUCAGCGCUACACACGCUUUGACCUCUCUCAUGAUUACUUUUCUAGAUAAGUACUAAGGCUGUUUACAAUAGGCUGUUGUUUUAGGUAGUGUUCUUCUACAUAAUUAUAGGGCGUGUCAAAACGCUAACGGGGUGUAUGCCUUACUAGCGUCUCCCCACACCCCACCUUCCUUCACACCUCACAACCAUGCUGCGUGCCUUCCACCGCUGAGAUGGGUUGACAGCACCCGAAGCCGAGGCCCUAUCGCAGCCUCUGUCACAUCGAUUGCACCGUAUUGGCGGCUCCACGACGAAAUAUGAAGUCCUCUGACCCAAACCGCCCUUCUAGCCGUCGAGGCGCGUCAGGCGCAUGGAAUCGCCUCAAGCCCGUUCGCGAAGACGUACUAGAAUCUUACGGCCUACCUAGUAAAGGCGAGACACGUCUAAACGACUUCCGCACGCAGGAAACCUUCCUGAACCGCAUCACCGAGCGCUACAUGAAGCUCUGCGCCGUCAACCGCACAGACCUCGACUCUCUCUUCGCCGCCGCAAACCCCACACCCUCGCCCACCGCCCUCACAACGUCCAUCUCGCACCUCUCGCUCUCGAAACACGCGCCGCAACCUCAAGCCCCCAAACCCGCGCCCCUCAGCGGCCUCAACUCGCCUGGCCUGCUUGCCGCCUCCAAGCUCUCGGCGCAAGAACUCGCGACUGUGUUAUCGGCACUGCGUAAGCUGCGCGAGGGCGUGACGGCAAGUGGCCGCGCCGAUGCGUUCGCGCACCGCGCGUACUUCUUCACGAUCCAUGUGUCGCUGCUGUGCCGUGACUGGGCGUCCUAUGUGCCGGCGCUGCAUACGCUGUUGUAUAGCUUGCACCGGCGGAAUGCGCUAACAGAAAGCCAAUUGCAUGAAUACGUUGGGUACCAGGUGUUGGACCAGGCGUGCAGGCAGGGAGAUGUGGCGGGCGCAAGAGAGACAAAGGUUAGGUUUGGGUAUAAGGAUCGUAGGGUCGAGAUGCUGCUUUCAGCGCUGGUGAGUGAUAAUUGGGUGUUGUUUUGGAGGGCAAGAAGAGGGGUGGAUGGGUAUCAAAGGGCGUUGUGUGGGUUUGCUGAGCAGGGGGUGAGGGUGAAUGCGCUGAAGGUUAUUGGAAAAAGUUAUUUGGUGUGCGAUCGGCGAUGGGUAGAGGAGGCGGCGGGGAAGGAGUGGGACGGACUGGUGGAGGACGGGGUGGGAUGGGAGUUGGAGGAGGGUGGAAGAGUCAUUGUGAGGCGGGUGAAGCCGAAAGCUGCA